AGUUAAUCGCACUAAAAAUAUGAUUCAUCGCAUUUGUUUAAUAUAUAUUUAAAAUGUCGGAGUUAUCUUCCCCGAAAAAGCUUGUGGCUGUUUCGUACGACGAGGAACACAUGGCCUCAAGAUAUCACGAUGAUAUGAACCAAGAUCAUGUAGAAUCACACAAAAGAUUAUCAUCAAUUUUAGAAAGGCUCAAUGAAGCAAAAAUAUCCUUAAAAUUCGAACAUGAGUUACCUUUAACUGGACAUUUGUAUCACGUUCAACCCAGAGAGGUUCCCAGGCAGAUUCUUCUGCUUUGUCACACAGAAAAGUAUCUAGACCAAGUAUCCUUCUGGACUGGUCAAUUAUCUAAGCUUAACUCAUCAUCUAAAGGGAAGCGCGCUUACACAUCCUCAAAAAAGUUUCAAAGUUUGUAUCCAUUGGAUGUUGAUACUUACAUGACGCCAAAAUCAGAACUAGUUGCAAAUUUGGCAGUUGGAAGCCUUGUAGAACUGUGUAACUUAAUAAUGAAGUCUACACUGAGCGAUACAAAAACUGAAACACAGACUGUUAAAACGGAGCCUAAUUCUAACCCAAAUUCAUCUCAACACACAGAACAGUAUUUAAGUCAAAAUCCUGAUGGAAAAGGAGAGGAAAAUGAUUCUGACCCAUAUGGUUCAGACUCUGGGCUAAAUUUGCUUUAUCCCACCAGAAUUAGAAAGGGAUUUGCUCUGGUUCGUCCGCCGGGCCACCAUGCCACCCCUGACAAGAUGAUGGGAUUUUGUAUAUAUAACAAUGUUGCAAUAGCCGCUAGGUAUCUGCAACAUAAAUUCGGUUUGAAAAGGGUCGCGAUUGUUGACUGGGAUGUCCACCACGGAAAUGGAACUCAGGAUAUUUUCUACGACGAUAACAGUGUUUGUUUUAUAUCCUUACACAGAUACGGAACAGAUGAAGAUUCUUUCUAUCCUUAUACGGGAUAUUGUGAUGAGAUUGGAGUUGGCAAGGGCUCUAAAUACAAUGUAAACAUUCCUCUUGAAAAGUCCUUCACAAACGCAGACUUGGUUCACUCAUUCAACAAAGUGGUUAUUCCAGUACUGGAGCUCUUUGAGCCAGAGUUUAUCUUAGUUUCGGCAGGUUUUGACUCUGGAAGAGGUGACCUUUUAGGUGGAUGUAGGUUAGAUUGGGAAGGAUUUUCUUGGGCUACCUUCAAGUUAUGUGAGCUUGCAGAGAAAUACAGUAAGGGCAGAUUAUUACUGUCAUUAGAAGGUGGAUACACUUUAUCUAGACUAUCGCAAGACGUUGAGGCUGUGAUUGCUACUUUGGUUAAGUAUGAACAUUCAUUUUAUACCUCCAAUACAACCAAUAGUGUGCCCAAAAUGGUUAAGAUCGUACCUGAAUUAGACGAUGAAGGAGUUUUUGAAAGUACUGUUUCGAUGUGUAAGAAUUUGUAUCAUCUACUUGAUUUGUAUGACCUGGCAAAAGAUUUAGAGGAUCUGGCGCUUUCAAGUAAAUCUAAUGAUAAGCUUGAAGAAACCUCUCAAAUCAGUAAUGAUAGCACUUGUUAUACAAAUGAAACUUCAAUUAAAGAUGAAGCCAACGAUGAAAAUGAGAAGCCUUAUGAUGAGACUGAAAUUAGAUUUUUUCAAUAUCCCAAUGAACUAGAUGACAACACUUUUGUAAUAGCUGCAGGUCACAGGAACCAGUGGUUUCUGCCUACAAAUGGGAAGAAUGAUCAGGUGAUAAAGUUGUGUUCAAAGAAGGAAAUCGACUUCUUUAUCUGGUUAUAUAAGCAGAAUGGUGUUCCAUUAAAGGUAUACAACCAGCCAGUAGAAGAGUUUAAAUUACAAUUUUCAAACGGACCUCAAAAUGUAGUCAGGUCUGGAAUUCGUCUAACAAAUAGAUUUAAAAAUGUAAAUGAUAGAAAUUCCGUUACUAACAAGGUUAAUUUAGAUAAAGGUUCUAAAAAUACAUUGUUACUAAAUAGUGAAAGUGACACUAAUAAUCAAGAAAGUUUAACUGAAACUGUAAAAUCAGACGAUAAUGACACAUCUGAUGAUAAAUCUAAUGGUACACAAGUGAGUGAAAAUGAGGAAAACGUUGAUACAAAUGAAAGUACGGAUGGAUGGAAAAGUUCAUUAAAAAUAAUUGAUUACAUCGCAGAAUGUUCUGGGAUCUUUGAGCCCUUUGUUUUCGAAAACUGGAAACUGGGCAAAACCUGUGCAAUUAGAUUAAAAAACGCGAUCUAUGGCAUGAAACUGCCAUGUGUAAUGGACCUUAAAAUGGGAACGAGGCUUUAUGGAGAUGACUGUAUAGACCCAAAGGUAAUAGAGUUCAAAGAAUCAAAGGCAAAGGGAAGAAGUUGUAGAAGUCACGGAUUUCACCUGUCGGGAAUGUUCAAGUGGGACAGGACAACAAACAUGGCAGAGUUUGUACCUCAACACGUGGCCCACAACUCUAGAACGGAUGGCGAAAUUGUAAAAUUAUUUACAUUAUACUUCUCUGUUCUAGAUGAUAAGGAACGUAAAAAGUCCCUGUCAAAGAAGUUUACAGAAAAGCUGGAAAACUUAAAGAGGAUUUUCGAGAGUCAGACCAAUUUGGCAUUGUACGGGUCAAGUUUACUCUUUGUAUAUGACGUUAAGGAAGAAUCUGAUAAAGAUGAUGUGUUCAUGAUAGACUUGUCACAUGUGUCGUACAAUGUGCGCUCCCUUGACCAUGGAUAUCUGUUAGGUUUGAACUCAAUUUUGAGGCUUUUAAAAUUAACACAAGAACAGUUUGAUUAAUUUUUUAAAUUUA